AUGUUUAGUUUGUCUCUCUGGCAAGUGAACAGUUCAUCACUGUCACUGGAGCAGCUUUUCAGGACUGAGAAUCUGGCUGAGGCAAAUGCAUCAGAGGAGGACAAAAUAAAAGCUGUCAUGUUCCAGUCCAGCCUCUGUUACUAUUCUUCGAAUGAAGCACUCAGGCUGGUUGGAGGCCUUCCACCAAACUAUGUGUGCCAUAACUGUGGCAUCCCUGGGCAUCACAUCAGAAACUGCCCAAAGACACGGGAUUCAACUUUUGUUGGGGGUAAACGCAUUCGGAGAAGCGCAGGAAUUCCUGUCAGCUUCCUAAUGGAGGUGGAGGACCCCAACAUGAAGGGAGUGAUGCUGAGCAGCAGCGGAAAGCAUGUCAUUCCCAUUAUUAAUGCUGAGGCUUACGCAUCUCAGAAGAAAGAGAAUCCACCUUUCUUACCCCAGAUCGAGUCCUCCUCGUCGACCUCAGAUGGAGAUCCAGUGCCCGAUGCCUUUCUGUGUAAGAUCUGUAAAGAUCUCAUCACCGAUGCUGUGUCGACUCCCUGUUGCAGCAGCAGCUACUGCGACGACUGUAUCCGAUCGUGUCUGCUGGAUUCAGAAGAACAUGUUUGUCCCACCUGCAAACAGUCUUGUGUGUCUCCUGAUUCUCUGAAUAUAAACACGUUCUUACGCCAGGAAGUGAACCGUUUUAAGAACAGAACCGAGGGGUCUGCUUUCUCACACCAGCAAAGACCCCUUCACUCUCAAUCGGCGUGUUCCACCACAAGCCCGAGCCUCAGCCAUGGAUCCAGCUCGAUUUCUUCUGAACCUCAGAGCUCUCGCACAAAUUUACCCUCUGGUAAGAGGCGACGGGACUUGAGCGAGAAUGAUGAUGAAGACAAUGGCUCCACACCUCUCCACAAGAAAACCAAGCAUACUGCUGUGUAAAGAACAUCCAGAGCGCUUCAUCAUCAUUAUGUAUAUAUUAUGUAAAUAUUAUGUAUAUAAUAAGAUAGCACAGACUUAAUAAAGAGUUAUAUAGUUUGUUAAUAUAGUUAAUAAAGUUUGAAGAGUGUUUAUGAAACCUUUGA